AGACUGCAGCAGAUUUUUUUGUGUUUGGAAAUCAGCAGGGCAUUACCAAAAAAGGGGCUGAAACGCGGGGAACAGUAAUAGUAGGCUUUUGCUAUUAAUACCUCGGUAAUUACGUGUAUCUGCUCCUCACAAAGCAGAUUUCAAAAAUUUCAAUCACUACCAAUAAAGUAGUUCUCGUCCCCGAAAAAAAGAAAGUCAUCAUGCCCGCAGCGGACGACGAUAUUGAUCCGACGCACCACGGUGGUAUCACCGUAGAGGUCGAGCGAUGCAGGGAUUGCGGCAAUCACCAGUGGUGCAGCAACCACCGCGAGGAGCAGUACGAAGAAUACGAGGAGAAAGUCAAAUCUGCAAUUCUGACGAAAUUGGCCGGCGGUCCCGACAUCCGGAUCGAGGUGAACCCCGGUCCGAAGGCGAUCGGUAUGUGUAGAUUUUGCUUUUUUCCUAAUCGAAGUUUGUGAUGCGAGAAAUCGAGGAGGCAAGCGAAGCUGCCAUUUUCAUUUUGAGUAACAGGCGGAACCAAAAAAAGAAAUGACGCGCCGUCCUUACAUCAUUCUGUUCUCCUCGCGCCAGGUAUGGACGUCCGCGAGUCGCAGCACAAGAAGGGUUUUUUCCAAGCGAUGGUGAAGAACCCGAUUAACAACAAGUACCUUCCGGACGUGUCCUUCUGUUACCCCCGGAUCGGUUCCUUCGAGGUCACGGUGAUGCGCGGGGGCGUCAGGAACAACCCGACGAGGUCCAUUGUCUUCAGCAAGUUAAAGGCGAAGCGGUGGCCGAACCCGGAGUGGGUCGCGGAAAAGGUGGUGGAGGUGGUGAACAACAAACUCGGCGGCUUCGGACCGGACAGCUCGCUUGCCAUGUCGCCAAACCUGAACAAGAGGUUGCCGAAGACGACCGAAGAGCUGAUCAAAUACGUGAUGGAGAAGUACUUCUCCAUGCUGUCUGCCUUCCGCGAGUACGACGGCAACAGCGACGGGCUGUUGACGAAAACCGAGUUCGUGGACGCGCUGCGGUCCUGCGGGCUGGAGCAAUUGACGAAGGGGGAGAUCGCGAAGUUGUGGCAGAUGGCGGACGGCAAGACAGAGGUCGAUUUAGCGACCGGGGAGCUUGUGUCGAAGAUGUCGCACCGGCACUUUGGCCGCGUGUUUGAGCGGUUUCUGCCGCACCACGAGCAUUUUGUCGGGUUGAGUCCGAAAUCCUUGAAGUCGACGAGAACACCCGGUGGCAUGGGAGGAAGCUCGUCCCCAAGCACAAGGAAAAAUUCAGGUACAUCACGAGCGAACGACUUAUUUGGAUUUUUUGUGUUGCACGAUUAUAAUUAUCUUAGAGAUUGACCCGCUCCAUCUUUUAUCUCUUUGGGUUGUUUUCGCAUAUCGAUGUCGUAUCCUGUUCCCCGAUCAUCAAAUUCAAAACCACAUUAUCAAUAUCUAACACCAGACGGCAUCCUCGGGCAAGAGGGGGCUCACGCCCAGGACCUGAUUGACGACGUGGUGCUCGGUUCGCACCCACUGAGCCCGAAGAACUCCCGGCCGAGCAGCCCGAAAAUCGUCCGUCGCGGGAGCAGCAACUCCAGAGCCUCACUGGCGGGCCACAAGCCGUCGAUUUCCCAGUUGUCCCGAAUGAAAGAAGUGCAGGACAUGCCGCUGGAGCAGUGCACGCCGGACUUGAUUUAUCCCACGAAAAAAGUGUUACAGUUACACAUUUGUUGUCAAUUCAGCAGCACAAAUUUCUCUGCAUGAGAGAAAACUUGCAAUGCAGAAAUCCUAAGGGAAAACGCCUAUGAAACUACGAAGCUCCUAUGCAUAUCCGACAUGACAGAGCUGGUCUGUCUUGCUUGGCCUGCAACACAAUGUGUAACUGUAGCACUUUUUUUCUUGCGAUAUGAUUCGGGCGAAGAUUUUGGCGAGAACGGGGUCGUUGACGAACGCGUUCAAGCAAUUUGACGAGAACGGGGACGUAUGAACUGCAAAAGUGUCUGGGUCUGGAUGAAGAAUGCAGGUGUGUCAUGCUUGUCUGGCAUGACUUGAGAAUUUGUGUUGCAUAGGCACGAAAAGGCCUUCUUACCUGUCAUGCAAAAACGCAGUUUGCCAUGCGGAAUACGUAAGACAUGGCAGCCAAAAAAUUUGUCAUGCAUAGCUCCGUAUUGCAGUGCGUCUAUCAUUCACUUUUAGCAUUACAAGUUUCCAGACCCAGACAUAUUUGCAAUGCAUAGGACGGACAGAUCAACGCGGACGAGUUUGAAAGGCGGAUGCCGUUUGUGCUGGGGGUGAAAUCCGUGCCAGACCGGGUCAUGGAGGACUUGUUCGAAACCUUCGACAAGGAUUUGUCGGGCAAGAUCGAACUGAACGAGUUCCUGUCCGAAGAGUGCUUCACCGACGCGCACGCACUGCAGCAGAAGUUUCUGCAGCAGUUUGUCAUGUCGUAACAACGCCGCGUAAGGAAGAUAACCAUUGGUCUUGUGAUGUGCCAGAAGUUCUUCAGAGUAUGCUCGUCGUGCUCUUUCCGCAGGUUGUCGCGGAGGUCAGCUUGACAGAUUGACUUCAUAGAUGACAGUUUGACUUUACGUUUGCUGCUUCAAUGAGUUUCAAUUUUAGCAUUAGCAAUGUUAGAUUUGGUAUAGCUUGUCACAAUUUCACUUUCACACAGCCUUUUUGUCGUUUCGCAAUCAUCGUAGGUAUGUCGUAGAAUUUUUCACUUUUUCUGGUAGAUUUUGCACAAACAAAUUUCAAUUUACACUUUUAUCAACAGUUGGCAUCCGUUUCGUUCGAGGAGUAAAAAAACUGGUUUGUAAAAUAUGCAUAUUGGCGCACUUGAAUUUAGAUUUACAUUAGACAAAGAAAUCCACUUCAACAGUUUUCUCUAUUGGGCUUGUUGUUUCAGAUGAGAUUAUCUUCAUCAUGUAUACCAUUGAACAAAAACUUCGAAAACAAU